GUUCAAUAUGGAAGGUGUCUUAAACGUUUCCCGUUAUUUACUCUUUUUCUCAUAUAUAUUAUUUGCUACAUAUGUGCAGUGUGGGAAUAUUCAUUUGAACAAAACAUCUACCUUAUAUAUACCUGUGUCUUAUACUGCGGGGGAGCCUGUGUUUUCCUUGAAGGGAGGAUCUGUCGAACAAUUGGCGUAUGAUUCACAGGAUAAAAUUGUCUACAUCGUGGGGGCAUCCAAACUUAAUGUUAUCAAUAUUUCAAAUGUUCAAAACCCGAAGAUUCUUUACAAUAUCACCUUAGGAGAUUUUGAUCCCACUGAUGUAGAAUUCUGUGGGGAUCAUGUGUUUGUCGCUUUGGAUAAAAAUCAGGACAGAGAAGCUGGAAGAGUGGUCAUCUUUGAGAAGUAUCACAAGGAAUCUGAUGCAAUGAAUAUUAUUUUCAAUAUAACAGUGGGGCCUUUACCAGACAUGCUCCUGCCUUCCUCAAACUGCAGCACUGUUUUGGUUGCUCUAGAGGGAGAAGCUUUUGCCAGAGACGGUCAAUUAAUAGACCCUGAAGGGGGUGUCGGACUUCUGAAGUUCCAUGGUCAAAAUAUCUCAGCCUCAAAUUAUUCGUAUAAAAGACUGAAUUUCCACAAAUUUAAUGAUAGAUGGGAAGACCUGUCAAAUUACGGUGUCCGCUUUAUUUAUAAAGAAAAUAAUAAUUCUUUUUCCCAAGAUUUAGAACCAGAAUAUAUAACGUACAGCAAAGAUGAAAAGAAAGCCUACGUUUGCCUACAGGAAAAUAAUGCAAUUGCAGAGGUAGAUUUAGAAACGGAAAACGUUACAGCUAUUCAUGGACUUGGUUUUAAAAACUGGAGCAAUUCUAAACUGGAUGCCAGUGACAAAGACAAUGGAAUUAAUAUCAGAUCACUUCCGGUGUACGGGAUGUAUCAACCUGACGCCAUCCAUGUGGUGAAAAUGAACGGUGUUGAAUACAUCAUCACAGCCAACGAAGGAGACAGCAAAGACUACUCAGAUUAUCCCUUGAAUAAGACUGGGUUUAGCGAAGAAAUAAGAGCUAAAGAUAUCAUUCUUUCAAAUAACUCUGAAGUGAGGGAGUGGGCAUUGCAGAAUGAUGUGAAGAAUAUAUUGGAUGAUGCAAUUUUAGGUAGACUAAAAAUAUCGAAAGAGAAUGGACGGAUGAACGAUGGUACCUUUGACAAAUUGUACACAUUUGGUGGACGAAGCUUUUCUGUUUGGAAAACUGAAACGAUGUCCCAAGUUUAUGAUAGCGGAAGUAAUAUAGAGGAUACGCAUGCCCAAAGACGACCUUAUCUCUUCAAUGCAGCAGCAAAGGCUGAUAAAGAUAUCAAGGCUACCAUGGAUUCUAGAUCAGACGACAAAGGACCUGAGAGUGAAAGUCUUACAGUUACCUAUGAUGAUAAUAAAGUUAUACUCUUCCUUGGAAACGAGAGACCAGGUUCUAUCAGUAUAUACUCAUUUGAGGGAUGUAUGACUACACCAAAAUUAGAAAGUGUUUUCUGGGAUAUACCGUCCUUGGACGGAACAUGGACACAGGCUUUUGACCAGAGAAAGAUAAGCUGCAUAGAUCCAGAAGAUCUAAAAUAUAUCCCACCGAAUCAGAGUCCAACAGGGCGAUCUCUUCUAUUGGUGGCGGGUUCUACCAGUGGAACUCUCUCCAUUCUAGAAGUAAAGGGUCUUAACAUUGAUAAUAGUGGAUCUCAAGUCCAUUUAGAUUGGAGAGGGUUAAUCUUCAUUUUCCUUUUAAUAAACCUUUGGAUCUAAAUAAAUGCAGUAUACAUGUAAUAAUCUAUUAUGAUUGUAAACUAUUUUGUCUACAAUUUUGGCUCAUGAUUUUUAACGUCGAAUAGUGGUUUCAUUGUUACAUUCGAUAGAAUGUUGGGACUUUU